UGGCCAAUAAGGAGGCAGCAGCCAGCCACUCGCCCGUCUCUUCUCCUCGCUCCGACGCGGCCCCCGCGAGGUCGGGCGCCACCCCCACCACCCCCCGGACGCCAGCAGCGUAGCAACCCGGACCUCGAGGCGCUGCGUGCGGAGAAGGAGCGGCUCAUGGAGCUCCUGUCUCGGCAGGACCGAGAGGACAAGGCGCGCGAGGAGGAGGAGAGGCGCCGCCGCAAGCAGGAGAACCUCGAGGCCAUCCGCGCCGAGAAGGAGCGCCUCAAGGAGGAGCAGUGGCGCCUCGAGCAAGAGAUGCGCCAGCGCGAGGCACCCACCCCCCACCUCCCUCCCUUUACGCCAACGUCGCGCGGCCCGGGUGCGGCCAUCACGCUCCAGGCGCUGCUGGAGGAGGAGGAGGCCGGCAUGGUCCAGCUCGGCGACGCGUCCAUCGCUUCCCCCUUCACGGCCCGCAGCACCACCAUCGGACCCGUGGAGCAAAUCCUGCAGCAGGGCCGCUGUACGCUGGCGACGACGAUGCAGAUGUACAAGAUCCUCGCCCUCAACUGCCUCAUCUCGGCCUACUCCCUGUCCGUCCUCUACUACGACGGCAUCAAGCUCGGCGACACUCAGAUGACGUGCGUUGGCGUGCUGGUUGCCAUGUGCUUCCUCUUCAUCACCCGCUCCAAGCCGCUGGAGAAGCUGUCGGCGCAGCGGCCGGCCGGGAGCAUCUUCGCGCCGGGCGUCGUGGUGUCGCUUCUGGGCCAGUUCGCGGUGCUCGAUCUGGCGCACGCCGCGCAGGGCCUCGAGAACCGCGCGUCGCUGGACGCCCAGUUCACGCCCAACAUGGUCAACACGGCCGUAUUCCUCAUCACGUCGGCCAUGCAGGUCGCCACCUUCACCAUCAACCACAGGGGCCGGCCGUUCAAGGAGGACCUGUGGGAGAACAAGGGCCUCCUGUACGGCCUCUCGGCGAUGGCCACCUUGACCCUGGUCGCCGCGCUCGAGUCCAUCCCGCCCUUCAACACCUACCUCCAGCUCGUCCCGCUGCCGUUCAAGUGGACGAUGGUGGGGUACGUGGUUGGGGACUUCGUCAUCGCAUUCGUGUGGGACCGAGUUUGCCUGCUCGUGUUCAGGCGAGCAUGA